AUGUUUUUCUGUUCUUUCACCCUGUGUGUAGAUAUGGCUGCUGCAAACUAUCUGCCAUCUGAAGAUCAGUUUCUGUGCUCCAUCUGUCUGGAUGUGUUCACUGAUCCUGUCAGCACACCAUGUGGACACAACUUCUGCAAAAACUGCAUCACUCAACACUGGAAUAUUAGUGACAGGUGCCUGUGUCCGAUGUGUAAAAAGGUUUUCAACACAAGACCUGAGCUGCGAGUCAACACUUUCAUCUCUGAGAUGGUCGCUCAGUUCAGACAGUCAGCUCAACAGAAAGCCAGCAGCAGCAGCUCACAGCAACAAGCUGCCAAACCAGGAGAAGUUCCCUGUGACGUCUGCACUGGAACCAAACUGAAGGCCCUGAAGUCCUGCCUGGUGUGUCUGGCCUCCUACUGUGAGACUCACCUGGAGCCUCAUCUGACAAUGUCAGGCCUGAAAAGACAUCAGCUGAUCGACCCUGUGGAGAACCUGGAAGACAGGAUGUGUACGAAGCACGAUAAACCUCUGGAGCUGUUCUGUAAGACCGACCAGACAUGUGUCUGUACACUCUGCACUGUUUCAGACCACAAGACACAUGAUGCUGUUCCUCUGAAAGAAGAAUAUGAAGAAAAGAAGGCUGAGCUGGGGAAGACAGAGGCUGAAAUUCAGCAGAUGAUCCAGAAGAGACAACUGAAGAUUCAGGAGAUCAAACACUCAGUCGACCUCAGUGAGAAAGAUGCAGACAGAGAGAUAGCAGAAGGUGCUCAGGUCUUCACUGCUCUGAAGGAGUCUGUUGAGAGAGGCCUGAAUGAGCUCAUCAGCACCAUUAAAGAGAAGAAGAAAACGACACAGAAACAGGCUGAAGGAUUCAUCAAAGAGCUGGAACAGGAAAUCUCUGAGCUGAAGAAGAGAAGCACUGAGGUGGAGCAGCUCUCACACUCUGAAGACCACCUCCAUCUUCUCCAGGGUGUCCAGUCCCUGAAAGCUCCUCAACUCUCCAAAGACUGGACAGAGGUCAGCAUCUGUCCACCAUCAUAUGAGGGGACUGUGGUGAGAGCUGUGUCUCAGCUGGAGGAGACACUCAGUGAACAGAUGAAGAAGCUACUUGCUGUGUCUGAGCUGAAGAGGGUCCAGCAGUAUGCAGUGGAUGUGACUCUUGAUCCUGAUACAGCAAAUCCCUAUCUCAUCCUGUCUGAUGAUGGGAAACAAGUGAAAUGUGGUGAUGUGAAGAAAAAUCUCCCAGACAACCCAGAGAGAUUUUCUCGUUACUCUAUUAUUUUAGCAAAGCAGAGUUUCUCUUCAGGCAGAUUUUACUUCGAGGUUCAAGUUAAAGGAAAGACUAACUGGGAUUUAGGAGUGGCCAGAGAGUCGGUCAAAAGGAAGGGAGACAUCAUACUGAGACCUCAGGAUGGUUACUGGACUAUUUGGUUGAGAAAUGGAAAUAAAUAUGACGCUAAUGCCGGCCCUCCAGUCCGUCUCUCUCUGAAGUCUCGUCCUCAGAAGGUGGGGGUGUUUGUGGAUUAUGAGGAGGGUCUGGUCUCCUUUUAUGACGUAGAUGCUGCAGCUCUUAUCUACUCCUUUACUGGCUGCUCCUUCACUGAGAAACUCUUCCCAUACUUCAGUCCCUGUAAUAAUGAUGAUGGUACAAACUCUGCACCUCUGAUCAUCUCUCCUGUCAGAGUAAAAUAAUCACUUAUUUCAUGGCAGUGCAGAGGGGUAUUCCAGGAAGCCAUGAUGAUGGCAGAGGACCUUUUGAACACUCUGGAAGAUCUGAGGAAUGAUGAAUUUGAGACCUUCAAAUGGUACCUGCAGCAGCCUGACAUCCUGGAAGGCUACCAAGCCAUCAAAGUGUCCAAACUGGAGAAAGCAGAAAGGCGGGACACAGUGAAUGUGAUGGUGAGCAGCUAUACACUGGAUGGAGCUCUGAAGGUGACCAAGAAGGUCUUAGAGAAGAUCAACAGGAAUGAUCUGGUGCAGAGUCUGUCAGACACCAGCUCAGAACCACGAGUGUCAGUGGAUGUCAGUGAUGUUGGAGAGACUUCAGGGAACAGAGGAACUUCCUCCUCUCAGAGCGAAGACCACAAGACACAUGAUGUUGUUCCUCUGAGAGAAGAAUAUGAAAAAAAGAUGGCUGAGCUGGAGGCUGAAAUUCAGCAGAUGAUCCAGGAGAGACAACUGAAGAUUCAGGAGAUCAAACAGUCAGUCAACCUAAGUGAGAAAGAUGCAGACAGAGAGAUAGCAAAAGAUGUUCAGGUCUUCACUGCUCUGAAGGAGUCUGUUGAGAGAGGCCAGACAGAUCUCAUUAAUGCAAUCAAGGAGAAGCAGAAAAUGACAAAAAGAAAGGCCGAAAGAUUUAUCAAAGAGCUGGAACACGAAAUCUCUGAGCUGAAGAAGAGAAGGAUUGAGGUGAUGCAGCUCUCACGCUCCGAGGACCACCUCCAUCUUCUCUGGACACUCCAGUCCCUGAAGACCCACUACUCAUCAAGGACUGGACGGGGGUCAGCAUCCGUGCAUUGUGAGGGGACUGUGGCGAGAGUGGUGUCUCAGCUGGAGGAGACACUCAGUAAAGAGAUGCCGAGGCUGCUUGAAGCAGAGCUGAAGAGGUUCCAGCAGUAUGCAGUGGAUGUGACUCUUGAUCCUGAUACAGCAAAUCCCAAACUCAUCCUAUCUGAUGAUGGGAAACAAGUGAAACAUGGUGAUGUGCAGAAAAAUCUCCCAGACAACCCAAAGAGAUUUUCUACUGCUGUUUGUGUCUUGGCAAAGCAGAGUUUCUUUUCAGGCAGAUUUUACUUUGAGGUUCAAGUCAAAAGAAAGACAAAAUGGGCUUUGGGAGUGGCCAGAGAGUCGAUCAACAGGAAGGCAGUGGUCCCACUGAGCCCUCAGGAUGGUUGCUGGACUAUAUUUUUGAGAAAUAUAAAUGAGUACAAAGCUCUUGAUGCCUGUCCAGUCCAUCUCUUUCUGAAGUCUCGUCCUCAGAAGGUGGGGGUGUUUGUGGAUUAUGAGGAGGGUCUGGUCUCCUUUUAUGACGUAGAUGCUGCAGCUCUUAUCUACUCCUUUACUGGCUGCUCCUUCACUGAGAAACUCUUCCCAUUCUUCUGUCCAUGCACCAAUGAUGGUGGUAUAAACUCUGCACCUCUGAUCAUCUCUCCUGUCAGAGUAAAAUAAUCACUUAUUUCAUGUACUGAUUUAUUUCUAUUAAUAAUAAUAGAAAUAAUAAUCAGUCAAUUUUAUUUAUAAAGCCCAGUAUCACAAAUCACAAUUU